CGGUACAAUUUGAAAUGGCACAUUCCUAUCAGCUGUACGAAUUAUAAACACCCCCCAGCACGGUUCAGUGCGUUGUGGAAGAGAAUCUGCAUGGCGGAGUGAGAGUUGGAGGGGCGAUCUGCGUGGCUCGCUUCCAUCCCGGGGACCCUCGCCGGCAGCCGCGCGAAACCCGGGCGAGCCCGGGCCUGUCCACCUUGCCCUGCCCCCCCCUUGCCCUCUAACCUCUGUCUGGGCCUGGAGAAAAAAUCGCAGGCGGAUACCCGCCUCGGCCUUCGGAGAAACUGGUCCAGUCGUGACAUCGUGCUCAAAAGCCAGUGGAAAGGACAAGGUGUGGAAUGAUGCAUUCUGGUUGGUAAUGUGCCCAAAGUCUGUCCCUUUGGGUGAGAGCUAUGGACAAGGGCCUGCCACAGAGCAAUGGUGUUGAAGAAUUUGAAGAUGACCUGGCUACUGAAGACCUGCUGGCAGAGCAAAGCCACCAACCAAACAACCAGACCGUGUGUUUUGAUCUAUUAAAAGAUGUUGUGGCCUAUGUUGAUGUCUGGUCCAGCAACCAUGAGGAUAACUACACGUGGGCCUUCAGUAAGCAAUUGCUGAUGAUGGGAGCAACAGUGUCCAGAAAGUUUACAAAAAAUGUCACGCACGUCAUCUUCAAGGAUGGACUUGAGAGCACGUGGAGCAAGGCGAUGAGCACCGGGGUGAAGCUCGUGUCUGUGCUCUGGGUAGACAACUGCCUCAAGAGCCAAAAGUGCUUGGACGAAGCACUAUAUCCAGUGCGCUGUGACCCAAGAACAACUCCCAACUACUGUAAUAAAAAGCGUCGCUGGCGCCGGCCUCUGUGUGUGUAUGACCUGGAGGACGAGGGCAGCAGGGACAAGCGGCUGCAGAAGAAGCUCGAAAAACUGACGCAGCAACUGGAUAACCAGAAAACGGCUACUGUGGGCCCCGAUUGCCUCAUCUUGGCGUUUGAUGGUGAGGGCCAGCCAGUGUUCAGCUCCAGGGUGACUCGCUCACCAGUCCUGGACAGGGUCAAGUCUAUGGCAGACAAGCUGCAGGAGAUGAAGACGAGGCGUGAGAAUAUCUCCUUGACUGCUUCACAGAUGGUGAGCCAGAGCCAAUCACCUGAUGGCUCUGCCUCUCCACUACAGUGCUCAUCAAAUGUCCCUUCCUGCUCUUUAUUUAACAUUCUGUUGGGAGAAGAGUCUGAACCAGGAGAGGAGGAAUUGUCAACACCGAGCCCUUGUCACAGUUUUGUAGCGGACUCUGAUGUCUCCCUGGAUAACAGUCGCAUGAAAUCAAAACAGCGUUCCGUCUCCGAAAAGGAUUCUUCCUUCUCGCACGCCGUAGUGCAAGAGACACCAAACGUGUCACCUCUUGGAAGCUCAAAUGCUACUGAAUCAAAUAGCAGUCAUAGACAUCCUCAAAAAUCGAGAAGAAAACGCUUGGAGAAUAUUGUCACGUCUGAUCAAAACAGGGGAGAGGUUUGCCAGCAUCAAACUUCGACAGGGAAUUGUAGAAAUUCUUCAGAACUCAGUUCCUUUGAUCUCGCUGAUGUUCUCCCAGUGCCUUUAUGUACUGAUAUGGAGAUGCAGAGCUCCUCCACCAAUAUAGGGUCACUGACAGACACUGUUAGCAAGACAAGUUCCAAUUCCCAGGACAAAAAUACCUGUGGUGGACAUAACUCUUCUGAUGACAUCCCGGUUACCGGUGAAGUGCGUAUGGAAACAGCCACUUCUGAGAGAUACAAGGCUACUCGUCUUAUUCGAGAAAAUAUUGCUGCACAUGAAGAAGAUAUGGUAGAAGGUGAUCUGGCACCAAUAGUUCAUUCUAAUUCAGCUUGCGGAAUGGGUUUUCAUUCUGAACAAUCUGCAGCAACUUCUGCAGUGUUUGAAACAAGUAGGAAGAGGACACACGUUGAGUAUACCAGGACACCAGAGUCCGCAAGGUCGAGGAAGAAGCAAAAGUCACAGCAAGUUCCAGAAUCUCCAAGUUCUGGCAUAAUUUUAGACUGUAUCUCACCAUUCGACGAUUACUUCUUGCCAGAAAAUGUUCAAGAGCUAGCGCCAAGGAAUCAAGACGUUAUUAAAAGGGUCUCUGCCUUGUUUGGCACACCAAAAACUAAUACAAAUAGUCGACGAGAGAGCCAAGAUGGAUCUAAAAUCACAGGAGGUAGACUCGUUUCAUUAGAUGGCCCAACUAGAACUUCCAGUAAUCCACAGCAACAGAGAAUUGACGAAGAGCCUCAAAUGAAGCCCCAAUCAAAAAAAACGCGUGGGCCUGAUAUUGUUGGUAAAACGACUGCCACUCAUAGUAUCACAAAUAACAAAGGUGUUAAGAAGUUUAGGCUUUAUUCUGUGAAACAGGAAGGAUACUUAGCUGAAGUGACCUACACAACCCAUGUGGUACGACGGGAGAGUCCAAGGCCACCUGUUGAACAGGAGAAAAAAGAUACCGAUACAGACAGCACGGUUUCAGACUUGUGUGGAUAUGAUGCAUCCGGCAAUGACCGUCUGGCACAGAAUUCCGAGUCGGGAAAGGAAAGUCCAACAAUAAACACAAAUAUUCCCAGUUUUCCAGACAUUGUGGGAUCCCGACAAGUUUCUGUGCAGAAGGAAGAUCCCGUUGUCUCAAGGCACCAAGAAAAGCCAUCGAGUGGUGCAGAGAGGGCCCAGAAAGGUCCCAGAAGGUCUGGGAGGCUGAAACUCAUGGUGACAAUGAAAGAAUCUGAAAAGCCAAAGAAUGAUGGAAAGCAGAAUCUUCCACGGUCGCUUGCCCUGAGGAGGCAGCCGCCUCAGAAGAAGAGCGCCGUGUCUGGGAGAAGGCACACGGCCAGCGCAACACAGCGUCGACAAAGGCAAUCGUUGGUGUUGACAAGCCUGCACACUGAGGAGCAGAGCAGGGUGCACCGUGUGGUGAGGAAGCUGGGUGGCUUCGAGCUCAGCGAGGACGUGCAGGAGAGCACCACGCAUGUGGUGCUGGGAUCACCGCGCCGCACGCUCAAUGUGCUGCUCGGCAUCGUGCGUGGCUGCUGGCUGCUCUCGCUUGCUUGGGUGUUGGAGUCAGCGGAGUGUGGACAUUGGCUUGAGGAGGAGCCUUAUGAGAUGACCGACACGUUCCCUGCUGCUCAAUGGUUGUCAUGCUGGUUCCGCCGUGUGUACGAGACCGCCUGCCACGUGGCUGCUGGAACCUGCGCUUGGCUGCGUGUGGGAUCCAUCAACAGAGCCACAUGCUCCGCUGUCAUCGCGCUGCGUCUGUGCUUCGCACGUUCGUGUCAAAAAUUAAAAUGGACAGUUUUUUUUGGGCAUCGGAAAAAAUGCGGGGGUUGACAGCGAAUGAAAAUGUUUACCUUCUGGUGUAUGGAUUUUAUAUAUUUAGCUUUGUCAUAAAUGUUUCCAGUUGAUGAAGUAUGUUGUGUGCGUGUUCCUGUCGUACUUCUAAAGCCAAAUGAACGAUGGCUUAGUACUUGUCGCAAUUGGCAGCCUUGAGCCGUUGAUACAAAUUCUACAUUCCUGUGGUUGGGUCAGACUCUCCAUAGGAGUUAUAUAAAAUUACGUUCUGAUUGCGAAAAUAAUCCUAUGCCCCUAUCACGGGAAUAUGGAAUUUCUACCACUGACUGAGGGCCACCAACAGAGAUGAGCACACCCCCAGCAUUAUCCAGUCUCAACAGGAAGAUAUUUGACAUUGCCCUGACCGGUAUAUAAUCCGACAAUUAUUAAACUCUUGGAAAAAUGCAAUACAAUUGAUUUUGCUUUCUUUGCACAUCACUGUGUGCACAGCUUCAGAGAUAACAUCAGCAGGUUUUGGCCAGAGCAGUAGAUAUUUGACCACCCUCAUUGAUAUAAUGCAAUAAGGCCCAAGACAAAGCAUUUAUUUUCACAUCUGCAGUCCAUGUGACUGCAGAGUCGAGGCUCUGAAUCGGCUUUGUGAGGUUUUUUUUUUUACACAGAACUGAGCCGGCUCUUUUACAUAAUUUGCCACAUAUUAAGCGGCAUUGAUGAACUUCAGUUGUGCGGUGCGUGACGGUCUGGCACUGUCGGCUACGUGUGCCUCAUAGAAGAAUGGCUGUCCCUCGUGGGAGUUAGUGCUGUUUUUUGCUGGCCUGCUUUAUAUGUUGGGGCCUUUUAGGCCGUGUUAAGCAAAUUGACAAAAAAAUAGAUGAAAAAAGUUUUAGAUUAUUUUUCUAUGAUAGAUUCAGUUUCGAUUUUGCUCUUCAAACCUUUGGCCAGCAGAUAUUUAGAUAAAUAUAUUUUUCAUGAGGUUGUUUAACAAAUCAAUUGAGUAUCGUCUUUACCCAUGUGAUUUUAUAAUGAUCAUGAAAUAUAGUUUGUCUCACGUUUGUCACGUGGCAAAUGCAGGCCUUUGUCAUUUCUCUACGUAAGUGAGAUCAUGCUUUUAAAAUGGAAGAAUGUGUCACUUUCUCUGCGUGUAACUAAAAAAAUGUGUGCGGUCUGUGUAUUAUUCUUUCGUAAAUAAAGUGGUGGUUUUCUAGUUAGAUUUUACCAUACCUUGUGACAAUUUUAGCUCGCAUAAUUAACAAAACUAUGACAAAAGUAGUAUUAAGGAUGUAUGAUCAUGAAACAAAUCGCAAUAACUUUCAAAACAUUUUUUUCAAUACAUUGAUGUUCCCCGAACGUGAUCAACAUGGGACCAUUUGUAGAAUCGCAUACAAGCAACCCUUGUGGGAAAUUUAAAUGGAUUGCAGGCAACAUUGAAUGUCUGUCUCUAAACAUUCUUUGGCUUAAGGAAUGGGAGCAGCCGUUGUGUUAUUUCGUUGUCCAGUUUCAGAGGACAACAUUGUAACAUUGUUUAAGAUUCACGGUAACCUGCAAAGAGGCCUUUUGGUUGUGGGAUUUUUUUUUCAAGUUCAAAAACUUUCAAACGUAAUAUUAAAUACAUGUCAUAGGAUCAGGGAACACUGCCAGUUAGUUUUGUCUCUCCACCGAUGCUGAUAUAUUAGGUGCUUUCAAUAGGAAUUCAUUAAAGUGCUGCAUUACAAUAAGUAGAUAACUAAUACAGCGUGUUAAAUGUUUUAAGGUAUGCUUUCAUUUAAGGAUAGAAUGUAUCCACGCGGCCAGCACAACAUUAACUCUAAGCGUAAUGCAUUUCCAAGUGUGUACUUUGUGAGCAGCAGCUAAGAUCGCUGGCUUAGAUUUACAAGGUGGGCAGGAUUGACUUUGCUGUGCAUGCUUGGAGGCAGGGUGACCAAACGUACUCUGGGAUUCACAUACGUGGCUGCGCUGCACAAUGCUGGUAGAUCUUCAGAUGAAAUCUCGAGGUCAGAUGUUUGGGACGAGGCACGUGUGUACGCACGUAUGUGCGUCCAACACUCGGGCCUGGGGAUUUAUCAGCCGAUGUCAAACCCCGCUCAGAAGGUCGAGUGGGCGCGACACUUUGGGAGGAGGAUUUGGUCACACCCGAUUUGCUUCCUGCUGAACCGGAGUAUCCUCAAUGGGGGGUUGAGAUUAACAUGGGCAAGGAUGCCCAUUUUGCAAAGUUUCUGCCUGUUCAAGCAAGCAUCGGGUGGUGCUCAUUGUCUAUUGGUGGCCAUGAGACAGAGCUGGAAUUCCACGUCCCCAUCGCUGAGGCUACUUUAUUCUUCAGAAACAUCAUGGGUGACUAUCCCGCAAUUUCAUUUCGCACGCACACCACACGUGAUGUAAAUGCGUUCAGAGCAUAGCUUACACAUGGCAAUAUCCUCUGUGACUACUGUAACUAGGGAUGAGCUCUUUUCUCGCGUAUUUUUUUUUACUUAAAAUUCUGGCUGGUUUUAAAUUGCCGUGGUAACCAAUGGUGAAUUCCAAAUACUGCAGAACUGAACCUACUUUAAGCCUUCUGCAUUUAAAUAUUGCUCUGAUUUUGUUAACUUACAUGUGUAUUGAUCAGGUUUCACAGGUUUAGGUAUGGAUAUUUUAUGCAUCUGGAAAGCAUUUCAGAGAAUUUCAGAUGUUAUUGAUUAAAGCACUCCAUGGCUUAGUGAUUACUUUUCUGUGCCUUUCGCGAAACUCCAAAGUGACUUCAGGUAUUAAGUGAACUACAACAGACAGUGGCAACAGUGUUUGCCCAAAAAUUAAGAUUCCUUUGCUGCACAGGUCAGCAUGCUCACUCACCUCUGGGGCUUUUAGCAGUCUACUUCACAUGGCUAGCAGUGGCUUUGAUGUAUGAUUGUCCUCAUACCUUCGGUGUAAUAAAGCAAAUGGUAACAAUAUUGACCAUCCUUAAACGUUUGGAAGCCUUUAUUUUCAAGGGAAAGCAUAGACUGCUGUACCAACUGCAUGUAGUGCAUCCCUUCAGAGAGGAACAAAAGGGCACAUGCAGGAUGUGUGUCCACUUGCGUUCAAGAAAUGAGUGUCGUUGUAAUGCUUUGGAAGAUAUCAGCCUCGCUACACAGAAGCCUCGUGAGCAGCUUUGAGUCACAGGGACCAAGAUUCAAAUAUGCACACUGUUUUGUCACAGAAACUUACACGUGGUUGACUGCAACUUGUUUCCCACAAUGCUCUGCCACCUCAAAGGACACGUGAUAAAGCUUCUAAACUUCUGGGAGGCUGAACCGGGCCACAUGGUGAGCUGGCAGCCCCUCCCACUUUUCAAUAGCCACACCCACUCAACCACAAGUCCCGGCCUCACAGUGAGUGGCCUCCCCCUCCCUCCUCCUGAUGCUGGGCCCGCCAACUGCUCAUAGGCCCUGCGUACACCUCCGCUAACUCUGCCCACUAUUCCGCUAUCCCCACCCACUGCCCACAUCAUGAGUCGAGCAUGACAUUUUAAAAUGUUUAAUGUUUCAAUUGGUCCGAGUUUGAGGGUGGACACGGGGACAGACCUUCUUGAACCACCGGGACCAUCUCGGUCAGACCCAGGACGUUUGGGGUCUCUAUCCUGCACGUGUUACCGUCGCCACCGCCGCCGUGUACCUUGCGC